AUGCUUGUUUGCCAAUCAUCCCCAAUGAUCACCAAAGUCGUCAACAGGGAAAGUAGGCCUUGUCCCCUUUACCGGAUUGUCGAGAAAUGGGCUUCAAGAGGAUCUUUGGUGAUCGAGGUCAUGCUUCCGCCUGUUGGCGAUCUCCGCUUCGCUCCACCCGAGCCGUUUGAAUCAAAAUUCAAUGGCACUACUUCAGCUACUAUCAAUUGCAUCCAAUUCUGGAGCCAAUUUAUCGAAUCAGCCUCCUCAUCAGAAGACUGGUCAGCAUUAGGUCCUCUGAGUAGUUCUGCUAAGCUGAGAACUCUUAGUCUGUACCUGAACGUCUGGGUGCCCCCAAAUGCUUCACCAUCGUCCAAGCUUCCUGUCAAAGUCUGGAUCUAUGGAGGAGCGGACGAUGCAGGUGGGGUUUCAAAUCCACUGUAUGAUGGGUGUCGUUUGGCAUCGGGAGGAGACUCUGUGGUAGUGUCUGUUAACUACCGAUUUGGUCCUAGUUGUCCUUGGUGUAGUGACAUUCCAGAUACAGCUGCUGCUCUGGAAGCACUGGCCCCACGCAUAAUGCUGAAUUCCGUUUGUGCUUGGAAACGUGGAUUAUUUGCAGAGCUUUACGGCUGCAGAGAAGGAGGUAUCGAGGACGAUGAUGAGCUUUUGGACGGCGAUGGCGGAGACGGGAAGUCCUUCCAUUGA